GAACAGUGAAGGUUUGACGGGAGUGAGGACGGGACGGGAGUGAUUCUACUCACACGCGCCUUCGGUUAGCGACAGACAGACGCACGUGCAGUGGACACUGGAGACUGCACUACACUGCACUGCUCUGCUCUGCUCUACUCUGCACAGCCUCACUCACAUACACUCCUUCACACACUCACCCACUCUCUCUAACACACACACAAUCUCUCCCUCUGACACACACUCACGCACUCACACACAGUUCUCGUUCUUCUCCAUCGCCACGCGUCCCGAUACCACGAGCACAUCAGCCACCGCAGCUCACCGCCGAGACCACAGGCCAGAGACAAGCAGCGCAAGCGCCGCCGAGACUUUCUUGUCGCGAGGCUUGUCUUGUCUUAUCUUGUCCACGCGUGUUGCACGGCGCUAGGAGGAGUUACCAUCAAAAGGACGAGGCGGAGUGAGGCUUUAUUCGCAUCGUGCAUUGGACGCGCACCUGCACUGCGACGGCAAGACAGAAGUACGAUUUGGUGAUCGCGAGGAGUGGGGAGGGGAAUCAAAGUUGGUUGGACGCGAAGACACCAGAAGAGUCGAGACGAGCAAGCGAGGAUACUGCAGGACUGCGCGACUUCAAGGGAGCCACAGGACGAAGUGGGCGCGACCCUAGCUCGAUAUGGCGAUUUGCAACUCCACCCUCCAAGAUGCCCGCAUCGAGGAGACGCCUCUCAGCAUAGGCAUAACCUUCCACCAGCUUGGCCUGCUGAUAUCUGCCAUCUUCGGUCUGAUAUCUGUACUGGUGUCACUAUACCUCAUAUGGCGACACGCGACACAUUACCUGGUACCGGGCGAACAAAAACACAUUAUCCGAAUUCUGUUCAUGGUUCCCGUCUAUUCCAUCGUCAGUUUCUUGAGCUAUGCCUACUAUCGCCAUGCAGUGUAUUUUGACGUGCUGCGGGAUUGCUACGAGGCUUUUGCUAUCAGUUCCUUCUUUGCAUUGCUUUGUCAUUAUUGUGCUCCCACUCUGCACGACCAGAAGGAGUAUUUUCGUCGAGUCGUACCGCAGAACUGGUUUUGGGGCGUGUUUGGUCUGCAAAAGUGUACGGGAGGUGAGGAUAAGGGGAUUUUGAGGAGGCCGAGAAGCGGACUGACGUGGUUCAACGUGAUAUGGGUCGGCAUCUUUCAAUACUGUUUCAUCCGGGUCUUCUUCACCAUUGUCUCUGUCAUCACAGAAUCUUUUGACAAGUACUGCGAAGCAUCCUUAUCGCCCGCAUUCGCCCACAUUUGGGUCCUGGCAUUCGAGGCUCUUUCCGUGACCUUUGCCAUGUUCUUCGUGAUCCAAUUCUACAUCCAACUCAAGACGAACAUCGCCGAACACAAGCCAUUCCUCAAAGUUGUCAGCAUCAAACUGGUCAUCUUCUUCUCCUUUUGGCAAACCAUUGUCAUCAGCCUCCUCUCCUCCGCCAAAGUCGGAGUCUUGAAACCCACGGACAAAAUGGCAUACUCCGACAUACAAAUUGGCAUCCCCAGCGUACUACUCUGCAUUGAAAUGGCAAUCUUCGCCUGCUUGCACAUCUUUGCAUACCCCUGGAAGCCAUAUUCACUUAAACACAAUGCGCGAUUUUCCACCACGCCGACGUACGAUGGCGAGAUUUCACGAUACUCUGGUGGCUUUAUGGGCUGGAAAGCUAUUCUCGAUGCUUUCAAUCCUUGGGACAUUGUUACCGCUAGUGCCCGAGGAUUUAGAUGGCUGUUUGUGGGCUCGAGAAAAAGACACAACGAUCCCAGUUAUUACAUGCCAGCCAACAAGCUUGGCGAAUCUGUUGAAUAUAAUUCUGCAUCGUCCGGGCCUGUUUUCGCUGGUACAGGCGAAGCUGCAACUGAACUCUACCUUCCCGGGAAUAAUCGUCACAACAAUCACGAGAGAUUAUACGGCCAAUCAGGACAAACAAUGACACAUGAAGAGAACGAUAGCACCGGACUCCUCGGAGGUGCUCAAGCACCCGCAAGGACACAUGCUGCUUACCCCUCGGAGCCUACGGGUCUGGAUUUCAAGCCUUCGUCGAUAUGGCAAGAUGAGGAUACGGGCUAUCAUCCUGUAGUGGGCUCCACAUAUCCUCAUCAGAAUCAUCCUCCUCCUUCUCAUGGGGGUGGUAUCUCUACUCAAGAGCAGAGUGUACACCCGGCAUAUCGAGGCCAAAGUCCACAGCCACCUUCAUCACAACAUGACUAUGACCACCAACAGGAAGGUGAGAGGUGGAAUUCGUAUGAUGGCGGAUCGUAUAGAUAAUGCAGAUAGCAAAGAUGAAA